AAACCAAAAAAAAAAAACCAACAAGAACAAGAACUAGCUGGUGGCAUAAUUGAACCCCCAAGCUUUCAUUCUUUUCAUUUACUGCACUUAAUUUCUCCGAACUAAAAUCUCGCCGAUCAUCAAUCCCCGAUUAUCCUUACAAUAUACAAAAUCCACUCCUUUCGACGUAAUCUCCGGCGAUCACCAUAUCUUCGAUAUCGCUUUCCUUUUGUUUUACACUUAGUUGACUUCAGCUUUAUCUUAAUUCUAGGGUUUGAGGAUUUUGAAUUAUCGAAUUGAUGCAGCAAUUCGUAAGUAACUAGUCAUGUCAAAGUUUUAGAUUGUAAAAUUUUGCGAUUUAUUCAUGGCGAGCGCCGGUGAGGAAGACAACGACGCUGUACUGAGCGACGUCGAGGCGGAUGAUCCGCUACCUAUUGAUAUAAAUUCUCAGCCACCGGAAGAUGUCUCAAUUGAGAAAUUCCAUGAGAUUCUUGCGGAGCUGGAUCGAGAGCGGCAAGCUCGAUUAGCCGCAGAGAAUUCUAAAUCGGAAUUGCAAGUUUCGUUUAACAGAUUGAGAGUUCUCGCUCAUGAAGCAAUCAAAAAGCGCGAUGAGCACUCGAGACAACGCGAUGAAGCAUUACGGGAAAAGGAAGAAGUUAUUAAAACAGUCGAGAAGGUAACGGAUGAACUAAAAGAAGCAAUUAAGCAGAAAGAUGAUUUUGCUAAGCAGUUAGAGGAAGUGAAUAAAGCGAAAGAAUCAAUGAGAACUGAAAUGGAAACUUCUGGUUCAAUGUUAGUUAGUGGAAUUGAUAAAAUAUCUGGAAAAGUUAGUCAAUUUAAGAAUUUUGUAGCUGGUGGAUUACCUAGGUCACCGAAAUACACAGGAUUGCCAGCUGUCUCUUAUGGCGUGAUCAAACGGACGAAUGAGAUUGUAGAGGAGCUUUUAAGACAGAUUGAAUCAACAACAAAGUCAAGGAACGAGGCACGGGAACAAAUGGAACACAGGAAUUAUGAAAUUGCUAUUGAAGUUUCAGAGUUAGAGGCGAAGAUUAGUGGUUUGAGAGAGGAGGUUGCGAAGAAAGCUUCAGUUGUCGACAGUUUAGAGAAAUCUGUAAGUGAAAAAGAUGAGAAACUAUCGGAGUUGGAAGGAGUGAUGCGUGAGAAGCAAAAUGCAUUGGAGAGUGAAGUGGUUGGAUUGAGGGAUUUGGUGAGUGAAUACGAGGGUAGGUUAAGCAGUUCAGAAACAAAGCUGGAAAUGCAAAGACCAUUACUUGCUGAGCAACUGAAAUAUGUUGGGAAUAUACACGAACAGAUUUAUAAUGCUGUUAAGGUUGUUGAUGCGAGGAAGGCAUCUGAGUUGUCGGAAUCCUUGUUUCUUGCGCAAGAGAUGGACAUGGAAGAGAAUAUAAGGGCAGUUUUAGCGGGGUUGGAAUCUAUUUAUGAAAUGAGUGAAUUCGUUGUCCAUAAAACGAGGGAUUUGCUAGAGGAGAGGAGUCGUGAAGUGAAAAACCUAAAUGAGUCAGUUUCUCAGUUAGUAAAAGAAAAAGAACAAAUUGGGUCUUUACUGAAAAGUGCUCUUUCAAAGAGAAUUUCAGUGGAUUUAUCAUCCAAAACAAAUGAAUUGUUUAAGAUAGCGGAAAAUGGAUUGAGAGAAGCUGGGAUAAAUUACAAGUUUAAUAAUCGCGUUGGCGAUGGCAAGAUCCCUGCUUCUGAUAUUAAAAAGGAUGCAGCAAAUACAGAAGAGGAUGAAGUAUAUGCUUUGGCUGGUGCAUUAGAAAACAUAAUUAGGCAGUCUCAGGUUGAGAUCAUUGACCUAAAACAUACUGUGGAAGAGCUAAGGGCAGAGUCAAGUUUAUUGAAGGAACAUGUGGAAACUCAAGUGAAGGAACUCAGUCAAUGGAAGCAACGUGUGGAGGAACUUGAAGAGAAGGAGAGGGUGGCAAAUGAAAAUGUUGAAGGGCUUAUGAUGGACAUCACUGCUGCUGAAGAAGAAAUUACACGGUGGAAAGUCGCUGCACAGCAAGAAGCUGCUGCAGGUAAAGCUGUUGAACAAGAGUGUGAGGCACAGUUGUCGGCUGUACGCCAGGAGCUUGAGGCAGCGAAGGAGGCCGUACUAGAGUCUGAGAAGAAGCUCAAAUUCAAAGAAGAAACAGCUGAUGCAGCCAUGGCUGCAAGAGAUGCAGCUGAGAAAUCAUUGAGACUGGCUGAUUUAAGAGCAUCGAGGCUGAGGGAUAAAGUGGAAGAGCUCACUCGUCAGCUUGAAGAGCUAGAUGGCAGGGAAACAUCCAGAAUUGCUCUAAACAGGCCAAGAUACAUAUGCUGGCCAUGGCAAUGGCUUGGCUUAGAUUUGGUAGGUACGAGACGUGUAGAGACACAACAAGAGAGUGCCAAUGAAAUGGAACUUUCUGAACCCCUUCUUUGACAGCCUCCUCUUCUCUUACUUUUGACAAUAGUAUUCUUCUUUGAACUUCCAGUAUUUUAUUCUUUUCUCUUGUUCUCUUCUUGUAAUUCAUUUUUAUUAUUUCCUCUGCGUUUUUUUUUUCUUCAAAUUUCCACGUGCUGUAUAUUUAUUGUGAUACUUGUAAGAAAAAUAAGCAGAUAAAUGAUAUAGGAGAUUAAUUGUUCAAAGUAAAACGAGCCUUUUGGAUUGUA